AAUUUUGUGGGCUUGCUAAAUUAGUUUAUAUACAUAUAUAAUGGCCUAUUUAUUAUGCAAGUUUUUAAUUUGGAGUGUGGGAGAGAGCAAAAAGUACCCUAAUCUAGUCUAGAAUUCAAUAUUCAACACCGAGGUUAAUCACCUAAAAAAUCAGAAUCAAAUUAUCACAUAAUGUAUUAACACGGAUGUAAUAACAAUACUUUUUUUAAUGCUUUUUUAAUGAACUAAGCCGUGAGAAAUUUUCAAUAAUCGGAAAGGUUUUCUCUCCGAAUUUAUAGUGUCUAUCGAUAAUGCAGUGGCGCGUUAUAGCUUCAUGGGGCCUAAGCAUAUUUGAAUUAGGGGGACCCAUGUAGAGUGUUGACUUCAAACAUUUUUCUUUGGGGAAAAUCUUUGCUCAUAAAAGAUUGGUUUCAGGCCUCUGUUGGGCAAAAAAAGAGCAGGCCCCAGGCAAUUGCCCUUUUUUUGCCCAUAGAGUAACGCGCCACUGCGAUGAUAGCAUAAUGUAGAGAGAUACUGAAACUGUUUACAUAAAAUAUAUACUGUUUGCAAUAUUAUAAUUAAAAUUUUAUUGUAUUUAUGAACGAAAUGGUGACAUAUUUAGCCAUUUUUCCUAAAAUAAUUAAUAUUUUACAAAACCUACCCAUUAAAUGGCGUAUAUUGUAACAAUAAAGAAAUUCAAUGAAUGCCGAUAAAUAUGAAAAUUAGAUUUUACAUCACUAUAAUAUGAAUGUUAUAUUUUAUUAAUGAUUUAAAAAUACGUCUGAAUAAGAUCUUUCUAGAAAAAGAUUAUUUUUAGCUUUUUUUUUAAUGUCAUAUUUUUCUUAAUAUAAAACAUAAAAUAAAUUCCUUACAAGCUUAAUUUAGUUUAUAGAUAAAGAUUCUAAACUACGAGAAAGUGAGACAAUUAUUUAUUUUUCGUAACAAUUACGUAAAAGCUGUGGAUAAAUGGACAAAAACGAUCAUAAAAAUUACCCAUUAUGUCAAGAGGACAAUGGAAACUACCGUAAUGUGGUACAGAGCGAGAUGGUCCUAAACAUUUUUCUUUUUUAAUAAACACGUUCUACUUUAAACCUCAAAUACAGGAGUUUGUUCAAAAGAUUUACCACGCCUUCGCCAAUAGCUAUCAUGUGAAUGAACUCGACCGGACUCAACGGGUCAAUAAAAAAAUAUAACUUAUGCCGGUUGUUGUUAUCAUACAAUCUAAACAUGUUUUGGUACUUCAUUCCUCUUUCAUCGAAAUUUUAUUGAACUUAGAUUGAUUUCUUCCAAAAUAAACUUUAAUCAGAUUAUAAAGAGAUGAAAAUAAUUUUCUGAAAGAAUAAAUGCAAAUGGAAAAUCAAAGAAAAGCAGUUGAUAUAAGGAGAAUACGAAGUAUCUAGUCUUUGUCCCACAUUCGAACGUUGACGAGGAAGUAAAUGUCCUCUGGCGUGAACAUUCGGACAAUCGCACUAACGACUGUUCUUCACGCUUAAAGGAAAAGAAAAUUUUCUUAAAUUUCGAAUGGAAAUCAAACAGUGGAGAAAAUUGUUAUAAUGGACAAAUUAGAAAUGUCUCCAUCUAAUCAUACCUACGAAUUUAUAGUGGAAGAAAUGUUUAAAGCCUGCAGUAUCCUGGCAAAAGAUGUGGCUGGAGGAUUAUCCGAAUUUUCUUGGAUUUUUGCUCCUGUACUGAUCAGCACUGCGGUGUUGUUCUUGAUGCCAAUGCUAACAAUUGUAUUUGUUUAUUUGAAUGGGAUAUUUCUCGUGUUGUAUCGUUAUUGGUACGGAAAUAAAGAUCGAUUAUCUCCGGAUUUUUGGGAUACGGGUAGACGACUCACUAUGAAAUUUUGGUCGACGUAUGGGAAAAUAUGGCACGGGCACGAAAUCAUAGGAUUGGAAAACAUACCAAAAGAAGGGCCGGGUGUAAUCGUGUAUUAUCAUGGUGCUUUACCUGUGGAUUGGUACUCCACCCAUUCUACCAUCUACUUAACACUAAACCGAUUGGUAUAUUCUAUUGGAGAUAAAUUCGUCUUUCAAUUACCAGUCUUCAAUUCUUUUAUCGAAUCUUUGAGAAUUCAUAUUGGUACGGUUGAAGAAUGCGUCAGUUGUCUCCACAAUGGUGAUUUAUUAGCCAUAGCUCCAGGAGGAAUGAGAGAAGCACAAUUUGCAGAUAGUUCUUACCAGCUUUUGUGGGGAAAGAGAUUAGGUUUUGCAAAAGUCGCAAUAAAAGGAAAAGCGCCAAUAAUUCCGGUUUUCACAACUAAUAUUCGUGAAAUAUUCUGCCCUUUAUCUAUAGGAAAACAUUGGUUUAGAAAGUGGUAUGAAGCAACCAGAAUACCAAUUGUACCUAUUUAUGGAAAUUUCCCUGUAAAACUGAAAACAGUAAUUGGAAAACCCAUUCCUUACGAUCCAAAAAUGUCAGCCGAACAACUGGCAGAAAAGACGUCAAAAGCAGUUAAACAACUCAUUGCCCAACAUCAACGAGUACCUGGAAAUGUCACUAGAGCUCUAUUGGAAAGAUUUCCUCAUCUUUGCAAAAAAAUAUAUUAGAUCAAUUUGU